UGAUGUCUAUGGACAUAUGUCUAUGGUUAAACGGAGUCAAGCUAUCGGCUUCAGGAAGCAUGUCAGCUCAGGUCAGACUGAGGCUGCUGCCCAGUGCCAGGUGUUUAUUUGACGAGCCGGUUCAGGUGACGGUGGCCGGACUGAGGUCCAAGCAGGUGGUCACCUUGAGAGCCAGAUCCACCGACGAGAGAGGAGUGGCGUUCAAUUCCUCGGCCAGCUACCGCGCCGACGGCAGAGGGGAGAUCGACCUGAACAGAGAUGCCUCGCUCAGUGGGAGCUACGUCGGGGUCGAACCCAUGGGUCUGCUGAGGUCACUGAAGGCAGAUGCCUUGCACAAAUAUUUCUAUAAGAACAGAGCAUUGGAACCUUUCAUGGUGAACUUCUCUGUGCAUGAGGAGGAGGGCGGGAUGCUGGCCGAGGCGACCAAUGAGAGGCGUCUCAUUGGAGAUGGAGUCAGGCGAGUUCCUGUCAAAGAGGGCAACAUUCAAGGAGUCCUGUUUACCCCGCCAGGAGAGGGUCCAUUUCCUGCUGUGUUGGAUCUGUGCACCUUCAUGUCAGAGAAAAGGGCCUCUCUGCUGGCCAAUAAAGGCUUUAUAGUUCUUGCUUUACCCGUGUUCACUGACAAACCCAAAUUAGAAAGGAUGAAUCUGGAUGACUUUGAAGAAGCAGUGCAGUUCCUACAAAACCAGUCAAAGGUGAGCAGAAAAGGAGUUGGAGUAAUAUCUCGAUCUAAGGGGGGCGACAUCGCGCUUUCCCUCGCUGCUUUUGUGCCCGGAGUUGAAGCUGUGGUGUGGAUUAACGGCUGCAGUGCCAACGUUGGCAUCCCUCUCUACUAUAAGCACCAUCAGAUCCUCUCACCACUAAUGUUUGACUUCACUAAGGUGAUUCCCAGCGAGUCCGGAGCUAACAUUAUCAAGCAGGCUGUUGAAAACCCUCUGGCUGAAGAGAACAAGGGCAGCGUUGUUCCCAUUGAACGAGCCGGGGCACAUUUCCUGUUUGUGGCCUCUGAGGACGAUCUCAACUGGGACAGCAAGGAUUACCUGGACGACAUGGUGGCGAGGCUGAAGCGUCACCAGAAGAAGAACUUUGAGAGCGUGAUUUACCCUGCAGCCGGUCACUUACUGGAGCCGCCGUACGGACCACAUUGCCCCUCUGCGUUACACGGGAUGCUCAGAUUUCCAGUGAUGUGGGGCGGAGAACCUCAAGCUCAUGCUGCAGCUGAACUCCACCUGUGGAAGAAGAUCCAGGACUUCUUAAGAACUCACCUGAGCUGCAAUCCUGCACAGACUAAAUCCAAGUUAUAGACUUAAAUCUGUGGAUUUCAGAGGGUCGGUUUUAGCUGAAUGAAAUUAUUGGUUCAUCUCCUCAGCAGAGCUUGGUGACUUACUGAGGAGGAAAUUCAGCCAGUUGGACAUCCCUGAAAACAGAAAUUAACAUUAGAACACCUAAUUACAUGUGCAAUAAUAUAUGUAAUAGUUUUUUAUAGCAAUAACAGAUUUAAUAUUCUGUAAUUGUGAUUAAAUGUGUUCUACAGUUAGAGUACUGUAACUUUUUUUCUUGAAUACUUUUUAAUAAAAAAGAUCUGAAGUAAAA